GACAGCUUGGUCGAUUCACGAAUCCGCCGGGCCGUUCGCUUUUCCCCGGGCCUCUUCAAAAUAAGGCCACAGGGGCCACCCUCGCUCGCGAAAAGUGAUACCGUUCUUUCCAUUCCGCAAUCGUAGCAAACCACCGCGAACGAGUUCGAUGCUUCGCGUAGAAUGUAGCACGUUUUCACCGUCGCCUAGUAAAACUCGUUGGAGUACGCAGCAGCAGCAGAACUGUCAGCCAAUAGACACAGAUCUACAGCAGAGUCGCAUAGCGAGCCCAAAAGCGGAGCAAAAUUCUGCGGAGUUGUCCAAAAUGACGGAUCAACGGGAACAGCAGUCACAGCAACAACAGCAACAACAACACCAGCAACAACAUAUAAAGAGCAACGAAGAACCAAGGACAAACCUGAUCAUCAAUUACCUUCCGCAGAGCAUGACAGAGAAGGACCUGUACAGUUUAUUCGUAACCAUUGGACCGGUGGAAUCUUGUCGUGUCAUGAAAGACUACAAAACGGGGUACAGUUAUGGUUUCGGAUUUGUUAAUUACGCGAAAGCUGAGGAUGCAGCCACAGCUAUAAACACCUUGAACGGACUGCAGGUUCAGAACAAAAGGUUAAAAGUGUCCUUUGCGAGACCAUCAGGAGAGGAGAUCAAGGAAACCAAUCUCUACGUUACGAAUUUACCAAGAAACAUAACAGAGAGCCAAAUCGAUGACAUAUUCAGCAAAUAUGGGAACAUCGUACAAAAGAACAUUUUAAAAGACAAACUCACAGGAUUGCCAAGGGGUGUGGCGUUUGUCAGAUUCGACAAGCGAGAGGAGGCGCAGGAGGCGAUCACGCGGUUGCACGGCACGAUACCUGAAGGUGGAUCGGAGCCACUCAGUGUAAAAAUCGCGGAGGAACACGGAAAACAGAAGGCGGCGUACUACGCAGGGUGGCAAGCUGGUUACAACCAGAGUCGAGGUGGUAGUAGCGCCGUGAGCGGAGGAGGACGAGGCAGAGGGAUCGGCGGACCCCCGGGAAUGGGAAUGGGGAUCAGCGGAGGGGGACCAGGGAUGAUAGGCAGGGCCGGAGGAUUCGGACCACGUGGCGGGCCCCACGGCAGCUUCCUCGGCGGCAGCGGCGGUCCGGGCGCCAUGAGAAUGGAGAAGAUCCACCCUCAUCGCUUUAACCCCAUAGGCAUGGGCGGUGGUUACGUCCAGUCGCACUUCUGGUGACCUAGCGUCGACCUGGCGACCAAGACAUCGGCUACGUACCUUUCUUCGUUUCAUCGGAGACAAACCAGCGGCGACUGUCGCUCGUAACUGCUGAGAACGUUACCUCGAGCGAUCGCGAAGUCUCCGGGCGUGAUACGCGGCCACUAGAGAGAUACUCGUCUCUGUACACAGGGUAUACGUCAGAGACGAUCGCUCGACGCUCGAACGACAAGGACAGACUGACUCGAAGUGUAAAUUAUUUCUUUCUCUGCACGCCACGAUGCAUAGUAUUUAAUAAUGUUUCUACGUGCCUGUACCAAAGCUCGCAACAAUUAGUAUUGCGCGUCGAGUGAUGGGCACUCGGUUCCCUCCCUAAGCUGUUAUCGCUUCGAAUCUUGUUGAAGGGCUCGAAGAGCCACGGUUUUAUCCUCGGAUACUGUGAAAGUUUUGAAACGUCGGAUGGGGAGUUCUUGGCGAGACGUUUAUGGUCACUUUUAAGCUCCUGCGAGAGUUAAAUGUUAUGUAGCUAUUGCGCCGUUUUAGGAGAAUGAGAAAAACCUUCAGAGGAAGACCUGGUCUUCCUUCCUUUCUUGAAACUUUGUACGCUGGUAGAUUUUGUCAUCUCGAUCAAGAAAAUAUAGCAUUGUAAGAACAGAGAUAUGAAGAUACAUUUUUCAAUUACUUACAAUCAAAGUUUCAUUGUUGAAACACAAAAGGGUUUCUGCUGUGUAAGCCAUUUAUGUAAGCCAUUGAACUAAUAAAAUGAAUAACAGAGAUGGGUAAAACCCUAUGCUUCGAAUAAAUCUGAAGUCUGCAGAUACAUUUGUCUCGUUUCCUCUUUUGAAAAUUUUCCAAAGAAGGAAACGAGACAAACAUACCAGCAAACUUUAGAUUUAUUCGAAGCCUAGGGUUUUGCCCAUCACUGAUAAAAAAUAACAGAAGGGUUUCGUAAAGCUAGAUUGGAAGGUGGAUUGUAGUGGAAUGGUAACGGAUGAAAGUUUUGUGGUGCUAGGGUUCGAUUCUCUGCGGAUGGAUUUUAUUCUUUUGUUUUUAAUUGGUCUUUCAAUUGGUUUUAAAAUAAUUUGAUUUUGUAUUUGAAGACGCGACUAGAAUAUUGCAGAAGAAACUGAUAAUUAGAUCUUUAUCCAAAAUAAAAUCUUGGCAAACACACCUACAAAAAUUGUACCUAAAUAGAAAUUUAUUUUACUCUGCAAAUACUAUAAUAUGAACUUUACCCUCAAUAUCUUUUACACUCUUACACACAGUGUGCAUUUUGUAGUUUCUUGCACGUUCAAAGUCCCUAUAAAUGCAUAAAAAUCCACAAUCUGCUUAUAAUACACUAAAUUAACAAAGUUUAGGAAGAAGAAAAUUGCAUUAUAUAUAGGAUUAUUGCAAUUUAAGACGCAAAAAAUUGCAAUAAUGAAACUUUGAACAAUGAAACAACACAAACAUCUAAAAAUUAAUCGACUAAAAAUCGCCUGCCUCUAUAACACUAUAUUUUCUUAAACAUGACUAUAUUUUCUUAAAAUCUACUGGUAUACAAAGUUUCAGAAAAAUGGGUGACUCGAAUGUCUUGCGCUCUUGUUAAUUGUAACACCGAUGUUCAGGUUAAGGUCUAGUCGAGGCCUUGAGACGUGGCAUAGUAAAGAUUGUAAGUGUCGAGGCAUUUAGGUCACUUGCAAGGAAUGGACAAUAUCUAAAUCAGCUUUAGCACAGCGGUAGAGCUUCAAAUGCUGAGUAUGGUAUAUAAUUAUGUGCAGGUCUGGGUGCUUCAAGUUGAUGGUUAAGAGGAUAUUUAAGUCACUACAUUUGAAAGGGACUAGCUAGAAAAAUAUUGAGAGGGCCAGGGGAAAGGAAGGACAUUAUUUAUGUUAUCUGAGAGACUAAUUUUAAACAUCUUCAUCUGAAACUAUAUGUACAUAUAAUUAUAAUAUAUAUAGCUUUGGGUACCCUUGGUUAAUAGUUAGGAAGAUUUGAACCCUAAGAGACAGUAGCUGACCAAAAAUUAAGUUCGACAGGAAAAGACAAGAAAAUUAUUCAUGUUACUCAAGCUUCAUUUGCAAAGAUGUUAUUAUGCUCAACUUUUCAAGCUCUAUCACCCAUUGCAAAGGGCCACUUGAAUCACCUUCAAAGAAGUCUCCUUCGAAGGACUCCUUGAAAGAAGUCUCCUUCGAUUGACUCCUUCGAA